CCUCUACUGGAAUUAUACAUUUCUCUGACCUUCACUAGAGGUGUGUGUGUGUGUGUGUGUUGCCAUCCAGGUAAAAUGGUGUGGACCUGCGUAGCGUGGCCCAUGAGGAUGCCAUCAUAGCCCUAAGGCAGACCCCGGCCAAGGUGUGUCUUAAGGUUCUACGGGACGAGGCGAGGUACCGCGACCAGGAGAACCUAGAUGUGUUCAGUGUGGAACUGCAGAAAAAGGCUGGCCGUGGCCUGGGCCUCAGUAUCGUCGGCAAGAGGAACGGCACAGGGGUGUUCAUCUCGGACGUGGUGAAAGGGGGCGUCGCCGAGCUGGAUGGCCGGCUGAUGCAAGGGGACCAGAUUAUCUCUGUCAACGGAGAUGACAUGAGGUCUGCCUUGCAGGAGACGGUAGCUGCCAUUCUCAAGUGUGCCAGGGGGGUGGUGCUCCUGGAGCUGGGCCGACUGAAGGCUGCCUCCUGGCUCUCUUCCAGACGUCCCUCCCAGGGAAGCCAGAUGAGUCACGUGAGUGCCAACAGCACAAUCGUCACGCCCCACCCCCCGCUAAACUCCACCCCUUCCACCUCUCAGCUCCUCAAUAACGUCAGGAAGCCAAUGACAGUGGGCAUGACAUCAUCACAGAGCGCAGCUGCAGAAACAGGGAUACGCACUGUGGAGAUCACAAGGGGUCCUACUGAUGCGUUGGGGAUCAGUAUAGCUGGGGGGAAGGACAGUCCUCUGGGGGAUAUCCCCAUCUUCCUGGCCAUGAUCCAGGCCAACGGGGUGGCAGCCAAGACGCAUCGGCUCAAGGUGGGUGAUAGGAUCGUGAGUAUCAACUCCCAGUCUCUGGAAGGCCUGUCCCAUGGGGAUGUAGUCACCAUGCUGAAGAAUGCCUAUGGCAGCAUCAUUCUCCAGGUGAUUGCUGACACCAACAUCAGUGCUAUAGCCAGUCAGGUGGAGAGUAUGUCGACUAGCAGCUGCUCCGAGACACAGCCAGGGGAACCAGAAGCCCCCAAACCCAAGAGUAUCUGCCUGGAGAAGGGUUCUGACGGCCUGGGCUUCAGCAUCGUAGGAGGCUUCGGUAGCCCUCAUGGAGACCUGCCAAUCUACAUCAAGACUGUCUUCAGCAAGGGGGCAGCAGCGGUGGACGGGCGUCUGAAGAGGGGUGACCAGAUCUUGUCUGUGAACGGAGAGAGUCUGGAAGGGACCACACACGAGCUGGCUGUGGCCAUACUGAAGAGACAGAAAGGGGCCGUCACCCUGGAUGUGCUGUCCUAGCUCACACACACUCUACCCCUUGAACUGGUUUGAACUCCCCAACAUGUUGGAAGGAGUUGACCAACAACUGAUGCCCGUCUCCAGCCCAUUAAACAGCCCGUUAACGUGAAGGGGACAUUGGUUCUGGAAGGAUUCAGUCAAUAGUUAACACAAGUGGUUGAACCAUGGGAAAUAAGAGGACUGUAUAAGGGGGGUUGCAGGAAGUAGGGACACCUCAUUUCCUGUGUGCCAUCUUAUGAGCUUCACUGUGAGGGCGGUUCAACCUCUGUACUGACUGGAUACACGACUCAAAAUGGUGAAUGUUUGGAUGAAGCGAGGAAGCGAAGUGGGAAGCUUUAUAUGUGAACGAUGUGAAUAUCGGAUCUCUUUGUGUCAUUUCAACUUUGUGUGAUCACACAUCAUAGAACACUGAUAGGGCAAUAUGAAUGGUUCAGUUGGUUAAGGAGGUCUCUUCACCGUUAGCCUAGCGUUAGCUUAGCAUCUCCCUUAUGGGGAGAUACUGGUUAGCCGUUAGCGAUGUUAACUGCAGGUACUGCUAAUGUGAAAACUGUGAGGAGGAAUGGUCUCGGCAGGACGCACUAAACUGGAACAGAUACUACACACACACACUUGCACAAUAGGCUAGUUAGUCACUGUCAGGUUGACACAUUCUCAUUCAUCACAGACACUUGUCCAUUUGCCUCAUAUCAUGUCAUACUUGUUGCAAACAGACAAUUUAAACUCCUGGCUCUUACACAACACUACUCAGUUCAACAGUGAUUAGGCUAGACAUGGCCAAAGGAAGAAGAAAUGCAUUCUAUAGUAACUGGUAAACAGCCGUGCACUUCUAAUACACUUCAUAGCAUGCUCGUAAGAAUGACAUAGCUCCCUCGGUAGACAGUUAUAAAGGCCACCCGACCACCGGCUGGUGUCACUAUACAGUACCUUGUGUAUUCCUGCAGGAAGUUGCUGUAGGAAGCUUCUUUAUUCAUUUUUUAACUUAUUUUUCUUCCCAAUUUUGUGGUAUCCAAUUGGUAGUUACAGUCUUGUCUCAUCGCUGCGACUCCCGUACGGACUCGGGAGAGGCGAAGGUCGAGAGCAGUGCGUCCUCCGAAACACAUAACCCUACCAAGCCGCACUGCUUCUUGACACAAUGCCCUCUUAACCCGGAAGCCAGCCGCACCAAUGUGUCGGAGGAAACACCGUACACCUGGCGACCGUGUCAGCGUGCACUGUGCCCUGGCCCGCCACAGGAGUAGUCGCUAGGUCACGAUGGGACAAGGACAUCCCUGCCGGUCAAACCCUCCCCUAACCCGGACGACGCUAGGCCAAUUGUGCACCGCCCCAUGUGUCUCAGGGUCGCGGCCGGCAGCGACAGAGCCUGGACUCAAACCCAGAAUCUCUAAUGGCCCAGCUAGCACUGUGUGGCAGUGCCUUGGACCACUGUGCCACUCGGGAGGCCCUACAGGGAAGCUUUUAUUUAAAGUUGUGCGACAGAUUAUACCAGGUGCUAAUACUUGUAGUUUGACCUGCCUUUAUAUUAUGUGGAUGGUACUACCUGUAUGUUACUGCAAGCUUAUUCUUUAGCUUUUCACAGUAAAACAAUUUAUUAUUUUUUACAUCAUUUUUGGGAAAUAUGAGAAUCAACAAUGAUCCAUUAUUUUCUUGUUAUGAGACAUGUUAAUCAUCAUAUAGCAGGGCUCUAUUCAUUAGGCACCAAAUGGAAGAAAAUGGUCUGAAACAGGAAGGGACAAACUGAACUUGUCCAGUAAGAUACGCUUGUUUUUCGUUUUUGCGAAGAAAAACAUUUUGCUACGGUGUGCAUUAAUGAAUACGACCCAUGUGUGUCUGUGGCUUCACACUGUCCUGUCCAGUGGUGAGAAGCUUGCCACAUCCAACAAUGACAGGAUAUCCUGUUUCUCUCUGAGCCCUUCGUCUGUCUCCCGUAAACCCCUCCACACUCACAGGAAGUGACAACAUGUUCCUCCAAAACACUUUGAGACUCCCCAGGGGUCAUGUUCCUUAGGCACCAAACUAGGAAAAAUGGUCUGAAACAAGGAGGGAGUACCUGAACUGAAUGAAAAAACAUUUUGCUACGCCGUGCCCUAAUGAAUACGACCCUGGUCGACACUGUAUAUUAACCCUGCAUAUUAACUCUCAAACCAUGCCCGUCUCAGUUAAAGGGUGGCAGGUAGCCUAGUGGUUAGAGCGUUGGACUAGUAACUGAAAGGUUGCAAGAUCAAAUCCCUGAGCUGAGAAAGUACAAAUCUGUCAUUCUGCCCCUGAACAAGGCAGUUAACCCAAUAAGACUUUGUUCUUAACUGACUUAGUUAUAAAAAGGUUUUUAAAAAGUAGAAGUGCAAUCUGGUGGCAAUAUCUAAUUGUAGGCUGUGUCUUAAAUGUGCGCCUUGAAUACUCAGAAGUGGUCCUAGGAUUUAGAGGAAGUGUACAAUUAGUGCCAUGUGGUGCCUCUUAAGGGAACUACUGCUGUGCCAUAAGUCUCUGAUGUGCUAGAGUAGACAGUGGCUAUUUAUCAUAGUCUUAGUUCUGUGAGAGCCUAGCGCUGUCAAGUCUUAAUGCUCAAUCCCUUUAAAUGCACAUAUCCGGCCACUCACUGCUCUCUCUCCCCCUCCCUCUCCUCCUGUGAUCUCUCCAUCUACUGUUGAAUUUGAACUUUUGUCUGGCCUUGUCCUAAGCGUGUCAAUCAGCCAUAGGCUGUGUGUGUGUGUGUGUGUGUGUGUACACAUACGUGUGUGUGUUCAUCAGAAGUUGUACUGAUGAUGAUCCUGUAACUCCCAAUAUUUCCGUCUUAUGAUGCCACUGAUGAACUGACUGCUCGACCUUAGCGCCACAGAAAACAUCUUAAUUCACCUCAUUGAUCGUUGGGUCGCAUUUUCAAAUCCAAAGAAACGAUCCACCUUUCAUAUGUCCACAUGUGACAAGUUAUGCUGUAAAACGUGCAUAAAGAGUAUAUACAGUGCCUUCAGAAAGUAUUCAGGCCCCUUGACCUUUUCCACAUUUUCUUACGUUUACAGCCUUAUUCUAAAAUGUAUUAAAUAUUUUUUUUCCCUCAUCUAUCAACACACACAAAAAAAACAUUUUUGUAUUUAAUCCAUUAUAGAAUAAGGCUGUAACGUAACAAGAUGUGGAUGAAGUCCAGGGGUCUGAAUACAUUCCGAAUGCACGGAAGGUCUAUAGAAGAACUUGUGUGGAAAAUAUAUAGUCUAUGGUCACAAUUGCAAGUCGUAUCUUUAAAUGUGUGUACUGAGUGUGUUCCUACAUUGAUGCUCUUUAUGAAUUCUGAUUCAUUGUUUGAUGAUGAGGUUUUAUUAAAUACAAGGGGACCACAACCAUUUCCACCAUGUCCUCCCUCUGAUCUUCAAGUGUGGCUGUUCAGCCCUUACAGUAAAUGUAUUUUAAUAAGAGGUCAUUCUACCAUGUCUCAUUGAUACACUGUUAAGGAAUAUCUCAAUAGCUUCCAUUGUAUUGAGGAUUGUUCCUUUUAUGUUUCAUGUCUGUAUAUUAUUAAUACUGCAGUGGGCUAAAUCAGGGUCAUGCAGAGUGGUUAUUGGGAGUCUUAAACACAUCUACUUUGAAACAAAAGUAUACACCUCACACACAUGGUUAGGAGCUUAUAAAAAAAGAAGACACCUGUAUCAUACCAGAUCUAGAGUUGUAAUGUAUUACAUUUUGAGUUUGCACCACAAUAUUACACUUUAUAUACAUCACAGAACACUGAAAUACAGUAUAACAAAAUUAAUAUAAUGAUGUAUUAUUAUACAGUAUAAUUAAAAUGAUUAUUUUUAAAUGGUUUAUGAAAUUAUGAAAAAUAUGAAUAACAUUCCACCCAUGAGGCCACUAGAUGGCGAUUUGGUCAUUUGACUGCAGGAAUGGGUUUUAAGAGGUCUACCACACAUUAGGCCCAUAUGUACUGUAGCUUUUUAAACAAAUCAGAAAGUUGUUGGACAAGAUUCUACACUCUAAGAUUCACUUUAAUGGAUAUCUACUGAUCAUUAAACUUUUUGCGACUUG